UUAAUUUUAUGUGAAACCCUUUGAGAUAUCUCAAAUGAAAAUUCUGGUCCGGGCAUAUUUCGAUGAAGCCAAAUCUUUUCAUGCAAAGCACAUCCCAACGCUGGAGGAAUACAUGCGAGUCGGACUGGUAACCUCUGGCAAUCCCAUGCUCACAGUCAUGUCAUUUCUUGGCAUGGGUGAGAUAGUUACCGAGGAGACCCUUGUGUGGGCCUUUAGCGACCCCAAAAUUAUUACAGCUUCGUCAGUAAUUGUUAGGCUCUCGGAUGACAUCAAGACGCAUAAGUUUGAACAAGAGAGAGGGCAUGCUGCCUCGGCCGUUGAAUGCUACAUGAAGAAGUAUGGUGUCUCAGAAGAAGUAGCAUAUGAUGAACUCCGCGGGCAAGUUUCUGAUGCGUGGAAGGAUAUCAAUGAGGAUUGUAUGAGGCCUACUGCUGUACCAAUGGCUAUCCUUAUGCGUGUUCUCAACCUUUCAUGAGCAA